AUUUGGUUACUUAGUUGAAGCUAUAUUCCAAGUUCUAACAUUUGUGAAAGUUUGCUUAGUUAAUUGAUAACAUAUCACAUAGUCAAUGAGGCUUGUCAUCUUAGUUCUUUGUGUAAUUGUGUUGUUCUCCAAUGCAGGUGCUUAUGAUCCUUUGGAUCCAAAUGGGAAUGUAACAAUCAAAUGGGAUAUAGUGUCUUGGACUCCAGAUGGCUAUGUUGCGGACGUAACGUUGUACAACUUCCAAAUGUUCCGGCACAUAAUGAACCCUGGAUGGACCCUGGGAUGGACAUGGGCAAAGAAAGAAGUGAUAUGGUCUAUGAUAGGAGCUCAAACAACAGAGCAAGGUGACUGCUCAAAGUUCAAAGGGAACAUACCUCACUGCUGCAAGAAAAUCCCAACAGUUGUGGACUUGCUUCCUGGUGUCCCUUACAACCAGCAAUUCACAAAUUGCUGUAAGGGUGGAGUUGUUGCUGCAUGGGGCCAAGACCCUUCACAGGCUAUUUCUUCCUUCCAAAUCAGUGUUGGCCAAGCCGGUACCUCCAACAAGACGGUUAAACUCCCCAAGAACUUCACUCUCUUGGCUCCCGGACCGGGAUACACUUGCGGCCGGGCCAAGGUUGUUCCUUCCACCACUUUCCUUACUCCGGACAAGCGCCGCAAGACUCAAGCCCUGAUGACAUGGAAUGUUACCUGCACAUACUCACAAUUUCUAGCAAGAAAGAACCCUGCUUGUUGUUUAUCUUUGUCAUCUUUCUACAAUGAAACUAUUACCCCUUGUCCCUCUUGUGCAUGUGGCUGCCAGAACAAAAGGAAUUGUGUCAAGAGUGACUCUAAAAUUCUGAGCAUGGUUGGUGUUCACACUCCAAAGAAAGACAAUGAACCAUUGAUGCAGUGCACUCAUCAUAUGUGUCCAAUAAGGGUGCAUUGGCAUGUGAAGCAAAACUAUAAGGACUAUUGGCGAGUCAAGAUUGCCAUAACAAAUUUCAAUUACAGGAUGAACUAUUCCCUCUGGACUCUUGCAAUUCAGCAUCCAAAUCUCAACAAUGUCACACAAGUUUUCAGCUUUGAUUACAAGCCUAUACUUCCCUAUGCUUCCAUAAAUGACACUGGCAUGUUUUUUGGCAUGAAAUACUUCAAUGAUCUAUUAAUGGAAGCUGGACCAACUGGGAAUGUUCAAUCAGAAGUGCUUCUUCAGAAGGACAAGGACACAUUCACAUUCAAGCAAGGUUGGGCAUUUCCAAGAAAAGUCUACUUUAAUGGUGAUGAAUGCAUGCUUCCACCACCAGAUUCCUAUCCAUUCCUCCCUAAUUCUUCCCCUCAAACACCAAGUGCCUUCCCAGUACUCAUUUUAUCAUUGAUAUUCUUCCUAGUUUUAUGAUGAAUUGGUGGGGUUCAUAUAUAGUUUUGUUUUAUGAAAAGUUUUGAGACCAUGUACACUUAAAAGUAACUUGAUAAACAUUAUGUAUGAAACUUAAUGUUCAAGUCAUUCUUUGAAAACACCAAGCCAGAUUCAUGGAGGUGUUUCUUGAUGAGCACCAAAGGGAUGCUAAAUAUAAUAAUCCAACAAUGAUUUUUGUCUGAA